AGUCACAAUUUAUAGGCUAGCGAGCUGCUUGUGAAUUACUGACAGCAGAAAGCAGAUGUAAACUCGUGCUCGUUGUGCAUGUUUAGGGCACCAAGAUGGCCGCAAAUGAUGUUCUUGAGAGUCUUCAGCGCCGGCUGCAAACAGCGCAUGCACCGGUGCUGGCUCGGCACGCUGUGGCGGGCAUUUUCACCACUCUGCGCAAAUAUGCCAGCAGUUUGCCCGAGGAGACCCGCUCAAAUGCCAUAUCGUAUUGUCUCUCGAGGCCCAAUAAGGUCGUUGUGCAGGAGGCGGUGGGCCAGCUGCUGUCGCUGGUGCAGGCGGGAGGCUUGUCUGCGGCCGACUGUCUGGAGCACCUCCUGACGGCGGUGUCCGUGGCAGGCGCCGCCACCGCACCGCCGCUGGCAGACGCAGUCGUGCGCCUGGUCAUCCGCGGCAGUAGCAGCAGCGCCUCCCCAGCGGCUGUAGCAGCCGCGCUGCGUGCGGGCCGCUGGCAGUCUCAUCCCCUGGUGGCCGUACUCCUGUCCUGCCCCGCCGCCGCCACUCAGCUCCUCAGCAGCGCCAUGGGGGCUCUGGCAGCGGCGGCUACAGCCGCCGCCGCUACUGCUGCUACUGCCACCGCCGCCGCCAGUGCUGGCGGCGCUGCGGGAGGGGCUGCUACUGCCGCGGCGGCUGCCGUGGCGGCGGCGGCGGCGCUGGAGGGCGCGUGGGCGGCGCUGGAGCCGUUCUUUUCCUUCGUGCUGCUGCAGCGUCACGCCGGCGGCGUCACUGGCGGCGGCGGCGGCGCCUCGUCUGCUACUGCCGCCUCCGCCGCCCAGCUGUCCGCCAUCACUGCUACAGCCGCCGCCUGGCUGCACGGGCAGCUCGUGCGGCUGGGCUGCGGCCUGCUACAGCCGCUGGAACAGCAGCAGCUGGAGUUGGACGGCAGUAGCAGCAGUGGCGGCGGCGGCGGCGGCGGCAACGGGCAGCCGGCGGCUGCUGCUGCGGCGGCGGCGGCAGUAGCAGGUCUGGUGCGGCUGCGGCUGGCGCUGCUGCGCUUCCUGGCGGGGCACCUGGUGCUGGGGCCGCGGGUGGCGGAGGUGGACAGGAUGCGUGCCGUUGAGUGCGUGUCGGACCUGUUGGACCUGCUGGAGGCCGUACUGUACGACACGUCGGCAGUUGACCAACCGCCGGAGGCCGCGGCGGCGGCGGCGGCGGCCGCGGCGGAGGCUGUAGCAGAGGCGCUGCUGCAGCUCGCCUUUGAAGUCAUGAUGGGCUCGGCGGCGGCUGUAGCAGCUGGCGGCGGCGGCGGCGGCGGCGCGGCGGAGGUGGUGGCGGCGCUGGUUCGGCUUCAGGAGCUGGCGCCGGCGGCGGUGUGUGGGCGGCACACGGCGGCGCUGUCGCUGCUCAUGCUCAGCGCGCACGGCAAGGAGCUCCAAGGCCUCAACCUGCUGCUGCACCGGGCGCUCAAGUCAGGCGGCGGCGGCGGCAGUAGCAGGAGCGCCGCGGCUGCUACUGCUACUGCCGCCGACGCGGCGCUGUCGCUACAGCCACUGCUCGGCGCUGUGGCCUUCGGCACCGCCGCCGCCAGCGGCGGCGGCGGCGGCGGCGGCGCCUGGCCUGCCCACCUUGCAAUGGUGCUACAACGCAUCCUUACUAAUGCGGCGCCAGCCGCCGGUUGCGCCGCCGCCGCUGCCGCCGCGGCGGCGGCGCCGUCCGCCGCCGGUGACCUGUGCCUGCUGCGCGAGAGCCGCCUGCUACUGCUGUCACUGUGGCUGCCGGGACUGCCGCCGCACCCGGGCGUGGCGGCUGCCUGGGUGGCGCUGCUGGGGCACGGCGCGCUGGACGCAGAGGCGCACCCCGACCGCGCGGCGGCGGUGCUGGACGCGGCGUGGGCGGCGGCGCGGCACCCAGACCCCCGGGUGCGGGGCGCGGCCUACGACGCCAUCUCGCGCUACCCGCCCGAGCUGCUGGAGAAGCUGGAGGUGCUGCGGCCGCUGUGCCAGUACACGGCGCCGGUGCUGGCGGAGGGCCACCCCGCGGCGGCGGCGGGGUCGCGGCGGCUGGCGGCGGCGGCGCUGCGCUUCGAGCACCUGCAGCGCAGGAGGCUGCUGCUCACACAGCCGGCGGCGGACACGCCAGCUGGCGGCGCCGCCGCCACCGCAGCAACCGCGGCCGCACCCGCAGGUGGCGGCGCGGCUGUAGCCAGCACAACCGCUGGCGGAGCCGGCGGCGGCAGUAGCAGCGCCACUGGCGGCAGUAGCAGCAAGGGCGCCGCUUACGCCGCCGCCGCCACGGCACGUGAGGCUCGCGCACUCCGCGGCCGCCUCCUCGGUAAGAUACCAAAGCUACUGCUCGGCGGCGGCGCCGCCGCUAGUGCUACUGCCGCUGCUGCUACAGCCGGCGCCUUCCAGCCCGGUGCCAUGCUCUUCUGCUACAGCCGGCCGCCGCCGCCGCCGCUGCCGCCGGGCGCGGCCGCCGGCGCAGUGGCCGCCGCCGCCAAGCGCGCCGCCGCCGCCGCGAGGGAGGCGUACAGCUCAAGACUGCGGGACGGGUUGCGGCGGCUGGGGUGGCGGGGGCCCUGGCACGCCCGCCUGGCUGUAGCAGCCUGGUGCCGUUUCGUACAGCAAUGGCAGUAUGACACGGGUGCUACAGCCGCGGAUGUGGUGGCGACGCUGGCGGCGGAGUGGGACGGCGGCAGUAGCACUAGCGGCGGCAGCGGGAGCAGCGGCGAGGCGGCGGCGGCGGCGGCUGUAGCCGGGGGUGGCGGCGGCGGCGGCGCGCCGGUGGCUGUGUUGGAGGGUGUGGGGCUGGCGGCUGGCGCCGUGUGCCUGGCGGCGGAGGGGCUGAGUGAGGCUGACGUCAGCGGUCUGGCGAGCCGGCUGCUGCUGCAGGCCCAGUCCGGCCGCAGCAGCGGCAUCACACGUGGCAGCCUGCUGGGCGCGGCGCUGGCCGCCAGCCGCCUGCACCCCACAGACUGGCCGGCCAGGCAGCAGGUGCUGACGGAGGCGCGUACGGCACUCCUGGCCGGGCCAACCGCCGUGGUCCGCUCCGCCGCCGCCACCGCAUUGGCCGUACUGGCAGGCAGCCUGGCGGCGGAUCCAGCCAUUUACAUCCGUACUGGCGGCGGCGGCGGCGGCGGCGCUUCGCGCGAGCUGGUAGCGGUGGCGGAGGCGGUGGCGGCGCUGGUGGGCGCGUUGGGCGGCCUGUGCGCAGCGCUGGCGCCGGCGGUGGCGGAGCUGGCGGCGGGCGGUCUGCCGCCAGGCUGGCCGUCGAGGGCCGAGACGUCGGCGGCGGGUACGGCGGCGGUUGCGCCGCGACCGUUGGCGGACGAGCUGGACGAGCAGGAGGUACUGCCCGGUACGGCGGUUGCGCUUUGCAGUUUGUUGGUUGACGUCAACCGCGCGCACGGGUUGCCGGCGGGCGCAAUGGCGGCGCUGCUGGCGGCGCUGCGAGCAGUGGCGGAAGCGGCGGCCGACGGCGCCGACGACGACGCCGUCAGCGGCGGCGGCGGCAGCGGCGGCCGCGGGCGGCGCAGCAGCGCUGCCGCGGCGGCGGUGGCGGCGCUGGAGGCGGCGGCGGUGCUGGCGCCGGAGGCACUCCGCUACCAGCAACUGACGUCAGAUGACCUGGCAGCGCUGCUGGCGGCGCUCCGCCGCCUUUGUGUGGGCGGCGGCGACAGCGGCGCUGCGGGCACCAUGGCGGCGGCGCCGGCUCUGGAUGGCCGUGUGCGCGGCGCGGCGGCGUACGCGCUGGGCGUGGUGGGCGUGGCGGCGCUGCGGCAGGGCAUGCUGACGCGCGACGUGGCGGCGGCGGCGGGCCUGGCGGGCGCCGCCGCCGCCGCCGCCGCCAGUGGCGACGCCGCAGCGGUGGCGGCAAUGCUGGUCAUCGUAAACGACCUGGCGGAGCAGGCCACUGGCGGCGCCGCCGCCGCGGCUACCGCCGCCGCCGCCGCCGCCGCCGCCGCCGCGCCGCCUCUUCCGGCGGCGCAGCACACGGCGGCGGCGCGCACGGGCGCCGUGGCGGGCCUGGCGGCGGCGCUGCUGCCGCCGCCGCCGAGCCUGGUCGAUGCCCUGGCGCCCAUCCCGCCGGGCGCCGUCUCUGGCGGCCUGCUGGCGCAACCUGAAUACCUGGCGCCUGCCAAAGCCGCCAUGAAGGCGUUAGAAGGCUUGGCAACAGAGGCCGGCGGCGGCGGCGGUGGCCGCGGCGGCGCUGGCGCCGGCGGCGCUGCCGACCCAUGGGUGGCGGCGGCCGCCGCCUUCCAGCUGGCGGCGGUUUCGGCGGCGGUGGCGGCGGCGGAGGACGCAGAUGAGGAGAUGGGCGGCGGCGGCAGCGGGCGUGGCGGUGGCGGCGGCUCCGCUGCCGGCAAUGCCGCUGGCGAGGGCGCGGCGGCGGCGGAUGGCGGCCCUGGCGGGGCCGCCGGCGUCGGCGCCGAGGACGGGGAAGGUGCUGGCGGCGGCGGCGGCGGCCGUGGCGGCGGCGGCGGCGGCUCUGGCCCCAAGCCUCUGUCGCUGUACCCGCCCGACGGCGCCGCCAGGCCGCUGGUGUCGGCGUUGAUGGACAGGACGCGGCUCACCGCCCUGCCCGCCGGCCCGCUGGCCAGCACCCUCCUGGCGCUGGCCGCCGCCCCCGCCCUGCCCGCCGCCGACUGGCCCACCGCCUGCCGUACACUGCUGGCCCUGACGCCGUCCGCCUCCGCCACCUCCACCUCCAUCUCCACCACACAAGCAGCAGCAGCGUCGGCAGUAGCACCAGCAGCGGCAGCAGCACCCGUAGCAGCGGCAGUAGCAGUAGCAGCGGCCCGGCGGCUGCACGGGUGUGCGCUGCUGCUGGCGCUGUCCCACGGGCACGCGGCGGCGCUGGGCCUGGGCGGGGUGUUGGAGGAGCUGGCGGCGCCGGCCAGGUUCGCCGGCCUGCCACACGACAUGCAGUGCCUGCUGCUGGCGCGGCUGCCGGCCCUGCUCCGGAGCCUGGCGGCGCGGCGGGCGGCGGCGGUGGUGGCGGCGCUGCCCGGGCUGCUGGCGGCGGCGGCGGACGCCGACGACGGCAGGCCCGACGCCGAUGAGGACGGCGAUAGCGCCGCAGCCGGCUGUAGCAGCACCGCUGCUGCCGCUGCUGCGACAGCCGAUGCGGCGGCUGGCGGUGACAGUACGGCGCUUGCAUUUCCCUGGUCGUCGCCGGCGGCGCUGGAUGACCCCGCGUCGGCUGUAGCAUGGCUGCGACGGAUACGGCAGGCGCUGCCGGCGGCGCACGGCAACGGCAGUAGCAGCGGCAGGGAGCGGCGGCGGCUGCGGCUGGCGGCGCACUGCUGGCUGGGGCUGCUGGGGCUGUGCCGGGCGUGGCAGGCCAAGGACGCCGCGUUGACGCACAGGGACGUGACGCAGGCAGCCCACACCGCCAUCUCGACGCUGGCGGCGCAGCUGCCGCCGCUGCCGCCGCUGCAGCCGGGCGAGGGCGCGCAGCUCAUGUCCUGGGCUGCGUCCUCGUCAGCAUCUGGCGGCGGCGGCGGCGGCGGCGGCGGGCGCGGCGGCGGCUCCGGCCCGGCGGCUGUGGAGGCGGUGGAUGAGUGGGAAUGGUUUGGGCCGGCGGGGCGGCCGCUGGCGGCGGAGCCGGCGGAUGCACCGCCGGUGACGGCGGCGGCGGCGGCGGCGGCGCCGCCGCCGCCGCCAGGCUCCCUUGCGCCGCCGGUGCCCGUGCGUGGCGCCGUAGCACUGUGGUCGGUGGCGGCCUGCUGCCUGCGUUGCCUGCGGCCGGACUUCCUGACGGCACAGGUGCUGGCGGCGCCGCCGGCUGCCGCUGCUGGCGGCGGCGGCGCCGCCGCCGCCACUGCGGCGCUGGCAGCGCUGCAGCUGCGCUGCGUGCUGGUGGGCUCGGGCCACGUCAGCUACCGGGAGCUCAUGGCCGUGCGGUCAGCGAUGACGUCAGCAGCGGCAGCUGGCGGCGGCGGCGGCGGUGGUGGCGGCGGGGUGACAACGGCGGCGGCGGAGGCGGAUGCGCUGCUGGUGCCGCUGGGCCUGGCGCUGGCGGCCACACCGCAGGCGUUCCAGGUCCAGGUUUUGCUUCAGACCCUGGACGGUGCCCGCGAGGCCGCAGCCGCAGCCGCCGACCCGCGCCCCCACCUCCAGCUCGCAGCCGCCCUGGUCGCCGUCUGCCUCGCCGCCAGCGCCGGCGGCGCCGGUGGCGGCAGCAUCGCCGCCAGCGGCGGCGCGGGCAGCGCCGCCGGCGCCGCGGCGGCGGCGGCGGCCGCCGCCGCAAUGGCCGCCAGCGCCUCCGCCGCGCCGGAGCUUGUUUUGGCUCUCACCAGCCGCGCCGCAGCCGUACGGCUACUGCCGUACUCUCUGCCGCGGCUGCUGUCCCGCAGCCCCUGGAACUCCUCCUGCGAGGCUGUAGCGCAGGCGCUGCUGGCUGUAGCACGGGCCUGCGGCGUCGGCGCCGUUAGCGGUGGCGGGGGUGGCAGUAGCGGGGUUGCGGAGGGGGAGGCGCUGGGGGUGGUGCUCACGUGCCUGCGGGCGCUGCGGGACGCUGUGCCGCCGUACACGUACGACACAAUCCAGUCCACGUGCGGCUGGCGGGCGCUGGCGCCGAUGGCGGCGGCGGCGGAGGGCACGGCUUCCAAGUAGGGGGGUGGGGGGCCUACUGGUGGAACCGCAAGUUGUAUGCCGUAUGCGGAUGCUGCAGUGGCUGGGACAUGAAGGGCCGGAGCCGACGCGCUUUGUCGCAUGCAGGUGUGUGUGCGGUAUGUAAAUGGAGGGGUGCUUGAUGUGUCCACCAGAGCUGGGGCCACACCUGCGGCUUCACCAGACUGGCACCAGACCGGAGCUUAGCAUGUGAUGGGAUUGCGCUUUGUUCCCCGAUGACGCUUUGG